CCUGUCCCCCCCCCCCCCCAGGAGAUCAUCGCAUUCCAAGCGGACAAAUCCAUUGAGGUGCGCAAGUUCGUGGUGGGCUUCAUCGAGGAGGCUUGCAAACGGGACAUCGAGCUGCUGCUGAAGCUCAUCGCCAACCUCAACAUGCUCCUUAAGGACGAGAACGUCAACGUGGUCAAGAAGGCCAUCCUGACCAUGACCCAGCUCUACAGGGUGGCCCUGCAGUGGAUGGUGAAGUCGCGGGUGCUGAGCGAGCUGCAGGAGGCCUGCUGGGAGCUCAUCACCUCCAUGGCCUCGGACAUCCUGCUCCUGCUCGACUCGGACAACGACGGCAUCCGCACGCACGCCAUCAAGUUCGUCGAGGGCCUCAUCAUCACCCUCUCGCCCCGCGGCGCCGACUCCGACGUGCCCAAGCGCCACGAGGGAGACAUCAGCCUCGAGAAGGUGCCCAGGGACCACCCCUACAUCAAGUACACGGCGCUGUGGGAGGAGGGCAGGGCGGCCCUGGAGCAGCUCCUCAAGUUCAUGGUGCACCCGGCCAUCUCCAGCAUCAACCUCACGGCCGCGCUCGGCUCCUUGGCCACCAUCGCCAGGCAGAGACCCAUCUUCAUGGCCGAGGUCAUCCAGGCCUACGAGACCCUGCACGCCAACCUGCCCCCCACGCUGGCCAAGUCUCAGGUGAGCAGCGUGCGUAAGAACCUGAAGCUUCACCUGCUGAGCAUCCUGCGGCACCCGUCCUCGGGGGACUUCCAGCCCCAGAUCACCACCCUGCUCGUGGACCUGGGCACCCAGCAGGCCGAGAUCGCCCGCAGCAUGCCCAGCCCCAGGGACGCCCGCAAGCGGCCCCGCGACGAGCCCGACGCCGCCCUCAAGAAGAUGAAGAUAGAGCCCCCCGAGGACGAUGAGGACAAGGACCUAGAGGUGACCCCGGUGACGGUGCCCAAGGCCCCUGGUCAAAGCGGGGUCCCCUCGGACACGGACAUCACGGCCGAGUUCCUUCAGCCCCUGCUCACCCCAGAGAACGUGGCCAACUUGGUGCUCAUCAGCAUGGUGUACCUGCCCGAGGCCAUGCCCGCCUCCUUCCAGGCCACCUACACCCCGGUGGAGUCGGCGGGCACCGAGGUGCAGAUCAAGCACUUGGCCAGGCUCAUGGCCACCCAGAUGACAGCGGCGGGGCUGGGGCCAGGCGUGGAGCAGACGAAGCACCUAAAGGAGGAACCCAAAGAGGAGAAGACCUCCAAGCCCGAGAGCGUGGUCAUCAAGCGACGCCUCUCAGCCCUAGCCCAGGGCCAGGCCAUCUCCGUGCUGGGGGCCCAGGGCUCGGCCACCACCCUCCUGGAGGAGGAAGCCCCCCAGACCAAACGACGCCCGGAGCCCAUCAUCCCCGCGCCGCAGCCGCGGCUGGUGGGUGCUGGGGGCAGGAAGAAGGUUUUCCGCCUGGCUGACGUCCUCAAGCCCCUCACUGAGACCCAGGUGGAGAAGUUGAAGCUCGGCGCCGUCAAGCGCAUCCUGAGGGCAGAGCGCGCCGUGGCCUGCAGCGGGGCUGCGCAGGCCCGGGUGAAGAUCUUGGCGUCGCUGGUGACGCACUUGGAGGUGCCCCUCAAGAGCGAGGUCCUGGCCUUCAUCCUGGAGGACGUCCGCUCCCGCCUGGACCUGGCCUUCGCCUGGCUCUUCCAGGAGUACAAUUCCCACCUGAGCCGCUUCCCGGAGGGAAACCUGGAGCGCUACGAGCAGUGCCUCAUCGGGCUGCUGGCCGGGCUGCAGGAGAAACCCGACCAGAAGGAUGGGAUCUUCACCAAAGUAGUGCUGGAGGCGCCGCUCAUCACCGAGAGCGCACUGGAAGUGAUCCGCAAGUACUGCGAGGAUGAGAGCCGCACGUACCUGGGCAUGUCCACGCUGCGGGACCUCAUCUUCAAGCGUCCAUCGAGGCAGUUCCAGUACCUGCACGUGCUGCUGGACCUCAGCUCCCACGAGAAGGACAAGGUCCGACAGCAGGCGCUGCUCUUCAUCAAGCGCAUGUACGAGAAGGAUCAGCUCCGUGAGUACGUCGAGAAGUUCGCCCUCAACUACCUGCAGCUCCUCGUGCACCCCAACCCGCCCUCCGUGCUCUUUGGGGCCGACAAGGACACGGAGGUGGCGGCGCCGUGGACGGAGGAGACCAUCAAGCAGUGCCUCUACCUCUACCUGGCCCUCCUGCCCCACAACCACAAGCUCAUCCACGAGCUGGCCUCCGUCUACACCGAGGCCAUCGCCGACAUCAAGAGGACGGUGCUUCGGGUCAUCGAGCAACCCAUCCGAGCUAUGGGGAUGAACUCCCCCGAGCUGCUGUUGUUGGUGGAGAACUGCCCCAAAGGAGCUGAGACCUUGGUGACGCGGUGCCUGCACAGCCUCACUGACAAAGUGCCCCCAUCUCCGGAGCUGGUCAAGAGGGUCCGGGAUCUGUAUCACAAACGCUUACCAGAUGUGAGGUUCCUCAUCCCUGUGCUCAAUGGCUUGGAGAAGAAAGAGGUGAUCCAGGCGUUGCCCAAGCUCAUCAAGCUCAACCCCAUCGUGGUCAAGGAGGUCUUCAACCGCCUGCUGGGGACGCAGCACGGCGAAGGCUCCUCGGCCGUGUCCCCUCUGAGCCCCGGCGAGCUCCUGCUGGCGCUGCACAACAUCGACUCCUCCAAGUGCGACAUGAAGUCCAUCAUCAAAGCCACCAACCUGUGCUUCGCGGAGCGCACCCUGUACACCAAUCCCCCCAUCACCCAUGG